AGGAGUGUGGUGUAUCAGAGAAAGCGUCUAGUUACUGGGUAGUCAAACGGAAGAGAAGUGUAAUUGAUGAUCGUUGCACGGAAUUAUCUUUCUGUAUUUUCCAGUAAACAGAGGAAUCAAAAUACUUUUUUUGCAGUGUUCAUUUGAAGCGGAGAGCAAAAUAUGACGUCAUUUCCAAAGAUGGCAUUCAGCUUUAGAAGAAAAGAUGCAAUGGCAUUUAAGCACAUAGCUCAUGGCUUGAUCCCUGCUGCCACCAUUGCCCCCAGGUCAGCUGUCCCCCGCACCCCUCCCCCUCGCAGCCCAAACCCCUCUCCAGAAAGACCCAGGUCUGCUUUAGCAGCUGCCAUUUUAUCCACAACACUAACUGGUCGUACAGUGGCAAUCCCCCAACCUCGACAGAGGUCCUUCUCGGAGACGGAUGUCUCUUAUUCAGAGAACAGGAGCAGCAUAGAGCCAUACGCCAGUACUGCUCAGAUUGAAAGGGAGAGGUGGAAUGACACUGUCAAUGGCAGGCGCCACAUGCCUUCCCCAAGGUUCUCUGAUGAUGAGGAUGAUGACUAUGAAGAUGUAGAGAAGGAGGUGCUAUCGGAGUCAGAAGGCCAUAUCUAUUGCACUCUUGCAAAGGAGGAUGAGAGUCAGAUUGAGCCUGUUUAUGCCAAACCAAACAAAAAGGGAAGAAUACCCAUGUCGUUGGGCACUAAUGAGACUGACAGCUCUGCAUAUCGUGUGGCUUCUCCGACUUUACCAUAUCAACUACGAACUGAACAAAUGCAAGAAAAGAACAUAGUUCAAGAGAAUUUACUUCAAAAGGCUGAAAUUUCAAAGGUGGAAGAAACAGCCCAAAGGCCUUCUCCAUCACCAGACCUGACACUUGACUUGAGCCUUGAAACUCCAAGAGCUGAUUCAAUCUUGUCUAAGAGGAGGACUUUAUCAAAGAAGAUCUUAAUAAAGGACAGCAAAUCAGAUUUGACAGAUGAUACAUACAAAGAACUGAUGGAAAUGAACAAGGAGAUAUUACAAGAGAUGAAAGAAAGAAAUCACGCUCUGGGCUGUGAAAAUCAGGCCUUAAUCCAGAAGCUUCAGGAGCAGGGCCAUCGACUGCAGAAGACACAACUCAGGCUAGACCAAUCACAAAAGGAAAACAGAAGGCUGAAGGAAGCAGAGGAGAGUCUAUCUAGGGAAGGCGCGGGGCUAACUGGCAAAGUUAAGGUGGGAGAAUCAGAUGGACGUCACGUGUGCCGACGGGGGGGGGCUAGCACUCCAGUCAGGUGUCAAGAUAGGGUCGGGGGGAAGGGUGCGCACGCAGUGCGAGAGAAGGGGAAACUGCUCGAUGAGUUAGCCUUGAGGAAGGGUGGAAGAUGGAAGUUGUUCAGACCACUGUCUAAAGAGGAGUGUUUGAAGAUCAAUGGCCUUCCGAUGAAAGGACCACCUCCACCAUGGCUGCUGGACAUGAAAUAUUUAUCUCCUUUGCUACUGGCAUAUGAAGACAGACUUGGAGAAAAGGAUUCUGCACUGCAUGCUUAUGAGGAGGAGAUGAAGAGUUUUGCUUCUCGUGUGAAGGCGGUGGUGAGGGAGAAUGAGGAGCUCCGCCUACAGCUUGAGAAGACUGGUGCUGUCAGCAACAAAGAGUGGCGUCAGUUACGAGACCAGGCCAGGCUUGUCCUGGAAGAAAACCAAGUGCUGAUGGAACAGCUGGAGGUUCAGCAGGCCAAGGCCAAGGACAGUCACAAGCAGCAUCUUCACGAAGUGUCUAAGUUGACCAAACAGCUGAUGCUCCUGGAAGCUGAGAAAGAAACCCAACAGGAAGAGCUUUUAGAAUGCAGCAAGCAACGGGAGGACUUCCGCUCCAAAUACAAGCACAUCAAAGACAACCUUGAGAACAAAGUGGAGCUGAAUGAACACGUCUCCACUGUGAAUGACCUGAAAAGGCAGCUGCAGCAGGAAGAGGAGAAGAGACAUGCGGAAGUAGAGGAUCUGAUGGGGAGGAUAGCAUCCCUUCAAACUGAGAAGAAAACACUGCUAUUGGAGAAAACAAACCUCAUGGCAGACAACAAGAGUAUUGAGACCGAGCUGGAAAUAUCACGGAAUGCCAACAGAAAGUCUCAGCGGAAGAUCGGCCUCCUGAAACAGCAGCUCGAGGAAGCUCUGGAUAAAGAAGUUGCUGCUCAUCAGUACCUUGCAAACCUGAUCAGCCUGGCUGAGAAAGCAACACAGGAGAGAGAUCAGCUUAUAUACAUGGCCAAAAACCUUGAAACCGACAAGCAAGAAGUGUUCAACAAGAUUUUAGAAGGGACCGUCCGAAUGGGCAAGCUGGAAGAGAAAGUCAAGGUGUACAAAAAGAAAGCCGCAGCCAAGCUGGGAGACAUGGGACACAGACUGUUGGAGCAGGAGGAGGGCUUUGCUGGGAAGACAGACUCCUACCAGAGAGAAAUCAAGCACCUCCAGAGGCUGUUGCGAGACAAGCAGGAAUCGCUCGACGAAGUGCUGCAGCAGAAAAGGGAAGUGGAGUGUGAACUGGAGAUUGUUUGGCAGUCAGCUUCCAGAGAAAACAAAAGAAUGAAAGACACCCUUUUCGAUUCUUUCUGCCAGAGCAGUGCCCUCUAUCUACAGGAAGCCUCAGGAGAGCCGUGCAGUCGAGCAGCCUUUAGAGCAAGGAGCCCGGGCUCACCCCACGGGAACAUGGGCACUGCCUAUCCCCUGGAGCUGCUGGAAGUGAACAGCACAUUCUCUGUUUCAUCUCCAAAAUGCAACAAGCCCAAGCAAGGAAUGCAGAAAAGCCCCAUGUUUGAGUCAGAUUCCGACCAGCAACAAAUUCCAUCAUCAGAUGAAGGCGAGAAGAAUGGGCUGGAGUUUUAUUCAUGAAAUGGGAAUCCUUUUUCUGAAAAGAUUGUCAUUGAGAUUCAUAUUCUAAAGCACAAAAAACAUACCAAAAAUCUUUCUACAAAAAUGUAUAUAUUAUACACACUUUACAUAUUCUGUGAUUUUGAAUGUCUUGAGAAAAUGACAGUAUUGUAGGUCUAUAUUUAAGAGAACAUUCUGACUUUCUUCAAUAGUGCAGUAUAUAUGAAUGAUCGUGCGUUAGGUAUUGUUAUGAAUGUAUUCAGACUGAGGUAAUGUUAAAGCUGCAACCGUGCCGCUAAAACAUAAUUAAUUGGUGUCUUUUUAUCAAACAAGCAAACCUUGUUGACUAUUCAAUUAGUCUAAAUUCCCAAGAUGGCUGUAGGAAUGUAAGCUUCUGCACUCCUUGAAACAUUCUUGCCAGUGAGCCCAAAUAUGCAUGGUACUUGCAGUAGUAAUAAGCACGGCUUAUAGAUCAGGAAUCAUAACAGAAGUAAAAAGGGGACCUUUUAUUCCCAAAUUGUGUUUUUUAUAACAACUGUUAUUAAACUAAAUGGGAUUCUACCCCUUUAAAUUAAGUACUGUAUGACAUCAAACAGCAAGUUGUGCCAAGUCAUUAUAUUAUGGAAGUCAGUCUGCAACAGAACAUUUUAGGAAGGCUUUGCCACUGUUUGUCCCAUAAACCCUGUCAUAAUAACGAGGUGGUAAUGCAAAUGUGGGAAGCCUAGAGCCAGAAUACCAGACACAAGUGACACCAUGCAGUGUUGGAGUAGAUUUUGACACAAUUUUGUUGUGUUACUAGAGAGAGAACGGUAUGUAUUGCAACUAUUAUUAACUUUUUAAAAAAAUCUUAAGCACUAUAAACUUUAAGGCCACCUUAGUAAAAAGUCAGCUUAAGGAUAUUUUUAACAGUUUACUCCUUUUGACUCCUCUUUUUCUUCUGUUAAAUAACCUCCCUAAUAAGACUGACUUGCUGUAAACUACCAACCGUAUUUACAAAGAACCUUUUUAAAACCAACUGAAAACAUGGAUGCAUUGUGAUAUCAUUCAAACUUUUAAAGAACUAAAACCAAAAGGCUAUCUGUUUGUUAAGGUCGGGUACCUUCACUGGCUUCAAUAUUGAGGUUUCACUAAUUAUGGCAAUUAUACUCUGAUUAACUGUUUAUCCCUUUACUAAAAAUAAAAAUUAUAUAUAUUAUAUAUGGUACAAUGGUACUUGACAGACCUCUGUGAAUUUGUGUAUUAUGGUUUCUAGUAUCACUGGUUUUGUAAAAUAAAUCAACUCAAGAGAGCAAGUAUUCUAGCAGUGACUCACUGGCCAGGGGGCAGCUCAGUCAGUGUUGGUCCCAGUACAAGGCUCUGUUGGGAUAUUCACAAAUGCUUGAAUGACAAUGCAAAGAAGUUUCUGCAAUUUUGAAUGCAUGUUCUUUCUUUGACAGUGUCGCAAGCAAAUUAUUUUUGUUUUUUUUGUGAGCAUUCUGAUUUUCUUAGGCAUCUUGUAAACAGCCUUCCCGGUAUCCCUUCAAUUUGUCACACUUUUCAUCACCGACAAUUCAUCACGGACAAUAACUCACUGAUUAAGGCCACAAUAAAUCAUAAAAGCUGUGCUAAAAACAAAUAGAGCUAUAAUAAAUCAUAAAUAACAGA